AUGGAAGUUGCGAAUGAGAUAGCUGGGAUUGUUGAGAAAAAACCCAAGAUUUCUCCAAUCGACAUGCAGGAUUGGUUUACGGACAAGUAUGGUCUUGAUUUGUGCUAUCAUAAUGCUUGGUUAGGUGUUGAGAAGGCAAGAGGGGAAUUGUAUGGAGAUUAUGAAGGUUCAUUCGAUAGGCUUCGGUGGUACGUUGAAGCUGCAAGGGCUAUGAAUCCGGGGAGCGUAUUGAGGCUAGAAUCUGAUCCUGUAACCAAAGAGUUUUCACGGCUAUUUGUGUCGUUUGAGGCUUGUAUCAAGGGUUUCAAUUACUGCCGGCCUUUUCUGUGUCUUGAUGCCACCCAUUUGAAGGGUAGAUUCAAAGGAACACUCCUUGCCGCAACAGGGAAAGAUGCAAAUCAAUGUUUAUUCCCUAUAGCUUAUGCAAUUUGUGACGCUGAAAAUGAUGCUAAUUGGACUUGGUUUCUUGGCCUUUUGAGGAGUACAUUGUCCACUCGUCCUGUUACCUUUAUUACUGAUCGUAACGCAGGUCUUGUCAACAACAUUCCUGUUAUGUUUCCCGGUUGUCAUCAUGCAUACUGUCUUUAUCACCUACAGUUUAACUUGAAGGAUCACUUUCCUGGUCGGUUUAGGAAAGGUUUUCGGAACAGGCUCGUAGAAUUGUUCAACAAAUGUGCAUAUGCUUCAUCGGUGUCGGUUUACAAAGCUGCGGAGGAAGAUUUUUACCAAUUUGGUGGGGAUAAAGCUAGGACCUUUAUUGUGAGUGUCCCUAAAGAGCAUUGGAGUAACGCGUAUUUUAAAGGUCAACGGUACGGUGAGAUGAGCUCUAGUGCUGUGGAGUCGUUUAACAAUUGGAUUCUUAAAGCUCGGGAAAUGCCUGUUUUUUAUUUAGUUGAUGAACUUCGUCGCAAAAUUAUGAAGCAAAUGGCAGAUAUGAGAGUAAAGUCGAUGAAAUGGAAUUCAGUUAUUUGUCCGAAUAUGGAUAAGAAGUUAGCUCGAUUUAUCAAGAAAGGAAGGUCGUGGAGAAUCAUUAUGUCGAAGGGUGGUUUGUACGAGGUGCGUUGUCUUCCCCCUAAGGUAGUGUCUGUUGAGGAAAGGACGUGCUCUUGUGGUAAAUGGCAGUCUACCGGUUUCAUUUGUAGGCAUGCUGCAACGGUUAUUAUAAAAGCUUGCGGAGGGGAAGGAACUUUGGUGGACCACAUGGAUCCGUUAUACCUUGUCGAUGCGUAUCGUCGUGCAUACGAAGAACCCAUAUAUCCAGUUGUAGAGAGUGACAUUCCUGAUUUUACAAAUGGAGGUGAACGAGUUAUAAACCCUCCACGGAACAGGCGGCCAGCAGGUAGGCCUAAAGUUAAACGCAUUCGUUCAAGGGGUGAAGAGUCAUAUACUAGGCCAAAUAAAUGUGGGAGGUGCCACAAGGCUUCAAAGCACAACCGAAGAACAUGCAAAGAGCCAAGCGAUAUAUGA